AUGAAGAGUAUGGGACAGCGACUCCUGUCCUGGUCGCUGCUCCUCCUCCUGCUGGCUGGCUAUGCGUACUACACCGUCUGGAUCCUGCUGACACCGUUUGUGGACAAGGACCAGCCCGUGUUCGCGUACUUUCCGUCCGCCCACUACGCCACUGCGCUCCCUCUCUAUGCCAUUCUCGUGCUCCUAGCCUGUUCCCUGCUGGCAGUGGGGUACAUCAUCUGCUCCGAACAACUGAAGAGGUGCGCGCGCGGUGUGGAAAUGUGGUGA